UAGUGUAAGUUGACGGGUAUCAAAACAUGAUGAUGAAGUGACAAUUUCAUGAUUAUUGUAUUGCGUUCGCUAACGUAACUGUAAUAGAAAACUGCAAAUUAAUACUGUAGUAACGCAAAUAGAAACAAAAGCAUUAAUUUAAAUAAGAUUACGAUAUUUUUACUUCACUUUUGAAUAAGGAUAAGUUCGUUACAAUCAGUGGGAAAUGUCAAACAGCUUAUAUAAAUAUUUGUUAACAGCAAAUAUAAACAUAACGUAUAUAGAGAUCCUUUAAAUAUUGAUUACUGAUUAUUAUACCUAAUUACAUUAUCAGUACAGAUCAAACAAAUUGUUAUUGUUACAAUGUCACAAGCUGACACUACUACUGCUCCAGUCCCUAAUAAUCAAAAUGGUGUAGUGGCAAAUAAUAAUCAUACUUUUACUGGUGUUAUUGGACCAGUUUUAAAUAAUAAUAAUAUGAAUACUGCGAGAAAUAAUAAUAAUCAGAAUCCAUUACUUAAUGUACGAGAUAGAUUAUUUCAUGCAGUUUUCAUCAAGGCUGCAUUAGCUUAUGCACGAACAUUUCCACGACCAGUUAGAAGAUUUAUAGAAUUCAUAGUUUUGUUAAAAGCAAUAUUGGCUUUUUUUGUACUCACCUAUAUUCACAUAGUUUUUUCGCGAGCACCAACAAAUUGUUUAGAACACAUAAGAGAUGAUUGGCCACGAGACGGUAUAUUAAGGGUAGAAAUUCUUAGAAAUGGAGGGGAAGAUUAUAGCAUAGAAAAAAGUUAUGCGAAAGAAGAAAAGUUACGACAAGAUGAGAUUGAUGAUUUGGUUAGUGAUUUAGGGAUAUUGACGCCAGAUGGGUUUAUAAAUAUCGAGCCAUCUUCCGUCGACGAGAGCCAAGGAACCAUUUAUAUGUCCACUGAAGAUAAUUACGAAAAUGUUACUUUACCUGUAAAAAGUGUGGACAUAACGAGUUCAACAACUUUUGGAGAAACGCAAUAUCCGAAUUUAAGUACAACGAAUGCGACAAGAAGCCCGUCAUUAAAUCAAUAUUUAAAUGGAUUAAAUGCAGUAGAGUCAGAGGAUAACGCAGUGCUGGGAGAAGAAUCCAAUCGAAAUGAAGCGAUCCAGCCUUUAAAAGAUCAAUCUGCGGAUGUCGAGAAAGUAUUAAAAACAGUACUUUCAGAGGAUGGAUACAUUGUGGAAUAUUCUUUGGAGUAUGGCUUCUUGAGAUUAUCACCUGCUGCACGACAUAAAUUAAAAAUACCAGUGAAAAUUGUUACAUUGGAUCCAGUAAAUGAUAAAUGUUUUGGAGAUGCAUUUUCAAGAUUAAUACUGGAUGAAUUCUUAGGUUAUGAUGAUCUGCUAAUGGCAAGUAUUAAGACAUUAGCAGAGCAUGAAGAUAAUAAAGGUUUCUUAAGAAACGUUGUAACCGGUGAACACUAUCGUUUUGUUAGCAUGUGGAUGGCAAAAACUUCAUAUCUCGCUGCAUUUUUUAUCAUGCUAGUAUUCACUGUGUCGAUAUCGAUGUUGCUUCGUUAUUCUCAUCAUCAGAUCUUCGUUUUUAUUGUGGAUCUCCUACAAAUGUUGGAAUUCAACAUGCCGGUGUCAUUUCCAGCCGCGUCUCUCUUAACCGUGAUUCUGGCAUUGGUCGGUAUGGAAGCCAUAAUGUCGGAGUUCUUUAACGACACCACCACUGCAUUUUACAUCAUAUUGAUAGUUUGGAUCGCCGAUCAGUACGAUGCUAUAUGUUGUCACACAGCUAUUACGAAAAGACAUUGGUUAAGAUUCUUCUAUCUGUAUCAUUUCUCUUUCUACGCGUAUCACUAUCGAUUUAACGGACAGUACAGUAGCCUGGCAUUGGUGACAUCUUGGCUGUUCAUACAGCAUUCGAUGUUGUACUUCUUCCAUCAUUACGAAUUACCGGUGAUACUCCAGCAAGCACAAUUGCAACAACUUCUUCUACGCAAUCCGACUCAACCGACUCAGCCGCCGACGCCUAGUACGGCGCCAACGACGCCUGGACAGUCGCCCACUACGACGCCAUCAUCCAGUCCGAAUCCGUCGACACCAACGACCGAACAGACGCAACAAAAUUACAUCGCCGAGUUAUCGCAGUUAGAUCCUGAUCCUAACGGUCAGGAGGAAGUCGUUGAAAGAAUUUCUUCCUCAUCCGUACUAGAAUCUACGAGCGAUCGGCAAACGAUACGUUUGGAAGAGGAAACGAACGGGACGAAUGAGGAAACUCUAGCAGAACUUUCAUCCUCAGAAAUUGCAGCCAUGGAAACUAUGGAUGGUGGUUGUUCGUCGGCGGACACUUCGACGUCCGAAGGUUUCGAGGUGAUCGAGGCUAACGAAGCUAGCCGAAAUGAAAUGGCGAUUAUAUCGACAACAGCAAUAACAAUGACGACGAUGACGGCGAUGACGAUACCGACGUCGACAUCGACGUCAUCGCCGACGCCGCCGACGACGAUGACGACGAUGACGACGACGACAACGACGACGGAGUUGACGUUGUCUUCGACGGAAGGAGAAGAUCAUUAGAUUGUAUUCGAUUUUUGAUUUUUGAUUUUGAUUUGCUUUGCGAGUGCCAGUGUUGCAUGUUCGACGUCGAUUUUAAGAUUGAGAUUGAAAGGAUAUUGAAAGGAUAUACACACACUAGAUAGGAUUUAGUAAGGAAGAUCAACGGAGAGAGAGAGAGAGAGAGAGAGAGAGAGAGAGAGAGAGAGAGAGAAAGAGUGAGAAUGCAGGUAUGCUCGUACAAUUUAUUAUGAGAACAUUAGAUCAUUUUCGUUCCAAAUUUAGACGUGUAUGUGUGAGAAUAAGGAUGUGAGAUAAAGGAUAAGUAAAAUAGGGAAAGAACGGGGAAAGGAAAGGAGAGAAUACUUUUUUCUUUUUCUUUUUCUUUUUCUUUUUCUUUUUCUUUUCUGUCUUCUUUAUUUAUGUAACUAUAUAUAUAUAUUUUUUUUUUUUUGGAAAAUUUUAUUCCGCCGAAACAAUAAAAAGAAAUAUAAGUACGGAUUGAAGAUUAAAGAAAAAGGAGAUGGAGUAAGAAAGAAAAAAAAGAACAUGCGUCCCUCGUAUCUUUUAUCAGAACGCAUUAUUCUUUGAAAGUUGUAUAUUUUUGUUUUCUCUUCUUUUUUUCUUUUCCUGUUCUCUUCUUCUAUAUUCUCUUUCUCUUUUUCUUUCCCAUUUUUAUAAUAAUUUCAAGCAGGAUAAUCUGUACUUGUGUUUUCUUCUUUCUUUCUUUCUUUCUUUCUUUCUUUCUCUUUUCUUUUUUCUUUCUUUCUUUUUUGUGUUUUCUCGUAGUAUUUUAUGAUUUUUAAAUUCUCUUUAUAUUUUUCUUUUAUUUUGUUUGGUUUAUUUCUCUGUUUUUAUUUUUUUCUUUUAAAUACCCUUUUUUUCUGGAGUGGAAAGAGUCACGUUAAGAGGAUUAUGGCGGGAAAGCGAAAAUCGACGAAAUUGAAUGGGUAUGCUGAGUUCGACGAUAUUUUUCUCGUUUUUUUUUUUUUUUUUUUUUUUUUUUUUUACCGUCGAAAACAAACGAAAAGUCUCUUUAGGAGCCUUCGAUCAAACGAUCUAAUAUUUGUAUAUUAUUGUAAAUCAUUAUUGUUAGUGCCUGAUGCGAUCAAUGUAUGUAUAUCGUUUUUGAGUUUCGAUCAUUCGAUGUUCUUUGAUGGUUCGUGUUUUCGAAUUUUCUUUUUUUAUAUAUAUAUAUUUUUUAAUCUUUGAAUCUGAGUAUAAAUAAAAAAAAAAUUAAAGUAAAGCAGAAGAAAAGUUGGGAGCAAAAAUGAUCCAACUAAUUUAAAAUAAAAUUUUGAGAUUUUUGUCAUUGUUAUCUGACAAUAGGUGACGUCAGUUCGAUGAAAUGUUUCUAUAGGAAUUUAACGACACAUGUGGCGAUUAGAAAGAAAGAAAGGGAGGGAGAGAGAGGGAGAGAUAGGAGCAAGAAUUGGAUAAAUGUUUGUUAAAUUUUUUUCAUCGAAUGAUAAACAUUAGAAACAUAGAAGAUCGAUAUACACACACCUAUAUAUAUAUAUAUAUAUAUAUAUAUAUAUAUAUAUAUAUAGGUAUGUGUGUGUGUGUAUGUAUACGUGUGUGUAUAUAUAUAUAUAUAUAUAUAUGUAUGUAUGAUGCGUGUAUCUGUAUUGUUUUUAAACGAACCAUUCUAGUAAUAUAUAUAUAUAUAUACAUACAUAUAUAUACAUAUAUAUAUAUAUAUACAUACAUACAUAUAUAUAUAUAUACACACAUACAUUCACAUGCAUAUACAUAUAAUUUAAUCAAAGUAAGCAAGGUGACAGACUUUUAAUUAUAAUGGUACUUAUUGCACAUGUAUAAAUAAAUAAAUGCAUAUAUAUAUAAACAUAACUAAUAUAUAUAUGUAUAUAUAUAUUUCUUAAUUAUAAAAAAGAAAGAAAAAAAACGAUUGUGAAAUUUCGUUUGAGUGCAAUUCGGCGUGAGAAAAUAAUAGAGAAAAUAAAGAAAGAAAGAAAGAAAGAGAGAGAGAGAGAGACAGAAAAUGACAGUAUGUGCACGCGUGUGCAUACGUAUAUAAAUGUGAGCGUGGGUACGUGUUUGUACGUACAAGAAAGUUAAGUAGCAAUUGGGAGAGAGGAAAUAGAAAAACGAAAUCUUCAACAAUGAAAAUCAAAAGAAGGAAAUAAAAUGAAAAGAAUGUCAGGGAAUACAAAAAAAAAAAUAAAGACAUAAAAGGAGAAGAUAAAAAAUAAAUCAAGGAUAAAACAAUCCGUCACUUUGCAUGUCGCAUAUCUUCUGUUGGCUACGCGUA